AAAACUAACGAAACACAAAAAGACCUACGCAAAACGUCACAUUAAAUUAAUCUCGUGAGGCACGUGAGAAAGGGUGGCGGUCAGGCUGCUUCAGUCUGGGCAGAGCAACCGAGCGGGAGAGACGCACACCGCCACUCCAUACUUCUGGCCCUGGCCCGGGCUGUGCUGCGGAGCUCCUGGUGCCAUCUGGAGUACAAGCUUGAGAUCACAAGGUUACAUGGUAUUGCCGCCCGUGCUGGUCUGUGUCCCGUCGCUUACAGUGAAGUGAAAACUAGAAAAUAAGUGAAUGUGAACUAAAAUGACUGUGUGUUCAAAGCUACGAUCUCAUCAUUGUCAACGGCACCUACGGCGCCUUCCGCUGUGCCAACUGAACACGUUUCCUUCUUCUUAAUUGAUCUGGAAAGUUAGCCAAACUGUAGUCACUAGAAAAAAGAGAGAAGGAACGAGGCACCAGUCCCGUGGCGGGGCUGCAGCUCGGAUCCCGCCGGGAAACACGUAAGCAAGAUGGGUGGCUGUGGCUGUGGCUGUAGCUGUGGCGGCGCUGCAUCACCGCUCACCUGCACCGUCUUGUGGCUCCUCGUCUUGUUGUGUGUGGCGGGAGUGGGCGGCAGGGACGUGGGGAGCAAAGCACUGGUGGCAGCGAGACUCAGGCACGAGAGAGGCUUCAGCCGGCACCACCAACAACACUAUCAACAAUUUAUUGGGAGUAUCAGUGGCAACGGCGGCGGCGAUGGCGGCAGCACCAGCAGCAAUGCACCAGAAACUGUAGAGGAGUCAGAAGAGCCCAAGAUCCUGACCCCAAAGAGCACCCACGUGAGCACCAGAGUGGGCCAGGCGGCGACAUUCAACUGCGUCGUCAAACACCUGGGAAACAGACAGGUGUCGUGGAUCCGAGGUCGAGACUUGCACGUGCUGAGCUCAGGCCAGGUGACGUUCUCGUCAGACGCGAGGCUCAGCGUGUCUCACUCUGAGGAUUCCUGGACGCUCACCAUCAAGUUCUCGCAGCCCCGCGACGCUGGCACCUACUCCUGCCAGAUCAACACCCAGCCGCCGCAGGCCGUGUGGUACAACCUCACCGUUAUAGAAGCGCGAGCUAACAUCCAAGGGAAGGAAGUGAUCUACUUACAGACCGGCAGCACCGUUUCCCUGGUGUGUGUCAUCAAGGAGCAGCUGGUAAUCCCUGGUCUGGUGCUGUGGUAUCAAGAUGACCGCCUGGUGGAGCGACAGUCAUCGAGAGUGAAGGUGGACACCAAAGUAACCAACGUCACCACGAGCACACUGACUGUAGAGGCGGCGAGACUGCAAGACUCAGGCAACUACUCGUGCUGGCCUUCUGCUGGCCGCCCCGACAGUGUCCUCGUCCACGUCAUACAAGGAGAUCCACCAGCAGCCAUGCAGCACGGCAGCUCAGCUCCGGGCGCCUGUCCCUUGCUGCUCGUGCCUAUGGCCCUCACCUCGCUCAUGUUUCUCCUGACGUGACCCUCAGGCGACUUCCUGCAGCUGUCCCCUCUACCUCUCGCCAGGGUGACGCGUGCACCCUUGUCAUCAGGGUGACGCUGCCUCCAUCAUGGAACUUCAAAACUACCAAUUAAUGGUGACGAAACGGCAGCUUUCCUCACUACGUAUGCACGGUGACAGUGAUCAACACAACACGAUCAGUGCAAGAAAAGCGUCGUCUUUAAUCUAUAACCUAACUGGUUUCUAUUCCCUUCAGUAACAUUAUCUGCGUUCUCUCUCUCUCUCUCUCUCUCUCUCUCUCUCUCUCUCUCUCUCUCUCAGUGUAUUGUGUAUAGGCCAUCGUUACAGAGGCAUGCUGGGUAAAGGCAGUAACUUCUGCAGCUCAAGCUUCGGCGUAAGAGUACAAUGACGACUCCGUUACUUAUUCAUAUUUUGAUCUACGAGAUGUGAUCUGAAUGAUUUUGUUUUGUUCUAUUGAAAUACUUCCUUUUUUUCACAUCUGAAAGAAAGAGUGACAACCUGUGCUGCCAUUCCUUGUAACACAUAUCUGUCAAGUCAUCACUCAUCAUGUUCGCCUCCUUGUGCGUGUGUACAGGCGAGCAGGCAACACUACUACAAGAUCGAGGCGGACUGGCUGAGUGAAUAAGCGUCAGUUGUGACGUAAAGCCUCGUGUGACGCACGGUGCGAGGCUCCAAGGGACUGUGCGCUAAGUGGUGCAUAUACAAUAACAAUAAGAGAAGAGAAAAUAAGAUUUCAUAAAAUUAGGAUCUUUUAUGAAAUAUUUUCCAUUACACUGGAAAGGCACAAUAUCUUUUACUGUUUGUAUAAAGCCAUAUUUUUAGAGGAAAGUGUGUACGAUUAUUGUAUAUACUAUGUGUAGCUGGGAAAAAAAAAACAUUAAUUACUUUACGCGAAGACCUUUGGUAAUUCGAUAUCUUUGCAAAGAUCAUGGAUGCGAGUUGUGUGUUGCAUCAAAACCUGUGUAUUGUUGAUCCUAGACAAUAAAGACAAAGGUGUUCAGUGUUGUGCACCAUCAACUGCUUACAAGUGGGCAUGUGUUGCGAGAGAAAAUGAUCACCAGGUGAAGGAAAAACACUACAGCGAGUGAAAAAAAAUAAGAAAAAGAGAAAGAGUAAUAAAAAACGGGAGAACAUUAACAGUGCUCACGCGGAAAGGCAGAUGGUGGCAGUGAAGAGAAAACUGUGGUGCCAAUGAGACCAAAGUGGGAGGAAACGAUAGACAUUAUCUCUCAACAGCCUCCGAAUAUUCUUCCUACACUGUAUUAUCAGAAAUAAAGUACCUAUGUCAUG